AUGGCCGGCCCAGCAAUCAGCAUCAACGCCCCGCAAUCCAUUAUCAACCCAGCUUCCUUCAAUUACACUCUCAAUCCUAUCUGGCCUAUCCCACCAAAUAGCCUAAAUAGCACACUUGAACUUGAACCACAACUCAACCCUCCUCCUAUUCAACAUGAAAACUACAACUACAACUACAACUACGCGAAUACAAACACAUACUCAAAUAUAAACACAUCCCCAGAUCCAAACCCAAGCGCCCAUCGCCCCCAAGUCUCCUCAGGAAGAGAACGACACCUAGAGCGAAACCGCAUCGCGGCGAACAAAUGUCGCGAAAAGAGAAAACGCGAGCACGCUCGCAUGCAAACGGCCCUGGACAUCGAAGCCGCACGACACAAGAACCUCCAAGCAGAAGUGGGCGUCCUGCGCGAAGAAAUCUGGUAUCUUAAAAACGAACUAUUCGUGCAUGCCAAAUGCGACGAUCGGUUCAUCAAUUCCCAGCUGGACGAGAUGGCGAGCCGGUUUGCCCACGGAGCAGGCGAUCUGCUUCGAUGUCCGUCGCCUUCUUUCUCAGUGAGUACGCGGUCGGACCAGUCGGUAGUGGAUCAUGGGACGGCCCCCAAGACGGCAAGGGAUACGGAGAGGGCACGUCAAUUCUACGGGGGUGGAUUGUUUGAUAGUUUUGUCGAUGUACCGAAUAUAUGA